AAAGUAUAAGCACUAACCAUAAAGUUUGGAACGCUUACGCACUAGCACUUGCACUAGCCAUGGCCGCAACGAGCAUUGGAGCUCGGUGGAGUCUAAGAAGAGCAGCUCAAUCUUCGAGUUUCCGAAGUCCCCUUGCUGUCAAUCUCAAUAAGCUCUCCUUCCACGAGGCCCGCUUUCCCUCUUCUCCCUCUUCUCCUCUGGGGUCCUCAGGAAUAUGCCAAUUAGUGCAAGCUGUAAAGGGAGAUAUUGAUGUUUUACUCAAUGGAGUUGGAGAUAAAGGUGUCAUUGUCGACGUGAAACAUAUUCUUGUGAUGGCCAAACGUUCACUAUCAAGACGAGUAGUUCUCCAUACAAAUUUUCUCACCCCACCUGUGGUGAAAGAGUCAAUACUAGCUUUACAAAAACUAGCUGACGUGAAAGCAAUAGCUCAGGGAGGAUACCCAGAGGCAGAGCGCUGCCGGAUUUCUGUUGGGCAUGCAGAUGAACUACUGAGUGAUCCAGACAUAGUUUCAGCAUUGAGUAUCACAGGAAAUUUUAUGUUUCACCCUUGCUCACAUGGGGACUUCCUUGGAGCAAUUCUUGGAACAGGGAUUGCUAGGGAAAAGCUUGGUGAUAUCAUACUCCAGGAAGAAAAGGGAGCUCAAGUAGUCGUUGUUCCAGAACUUGUUGACUUCCUGGCAUCAUCACUGCGCAAGGUUGGCAAUGUCACAGUUUCUUGUACGAGGAUUCCAUUGACAGCUCUUGAUUAUGAACCACCUAAGACUAAGACAUUUAAAACCAUUGAGGCAUCUCUUAGGGUGGAUGCUCUAGCAAGUGCUGGAUUCAAGAUUUCUCGAUCUAAACUGGUGGAUUUAAUCAGUAGUGGGGAUGUUCGUGUCAAUUGGACGCCAAUUACAAAAAAUGGAACCAUUUUGAAGACUGGUGAUAUUGUUUCUGUUAGUGGAAAAGGGAGACUAAAGAUUGGAGAAAUAAAUUCAACAAAAAAGGGAAAAUUUGCUGUUGAGCUUAUCAGGUAUGUGUAAGCUCUGGUGAUAUUCAAUCAGUUGGAGGUGAAAUGGGUAAAGGAUGUCAUGGAACCUCUUUAUGGGGUGAAAUCAGGAUUGCUUCCUUAGGAACAAUAAAAGUAAGUCAUUGUUUAACAUGACAUUAAUCUGAUUGUAUAUGUUAAAAUCCGAACAUGCAUUCAUCCAUUCUUAAAAGUUUCAUUGGGAAAAUCUGUCUCAGCAUUUCAAUGCCAGGGCUUAUUAGUUCUUUUGUUUUUGGGUUGUGUAAUUUUCUUUCCUGGAAUGAAUUCGUUCGAACUGAUGUAGUCUAAGGAGGAUAAAUGUAAGCACGAAGUUAUAGCUUCACAUUAACUAUUUGUUUAUUCAACGAUUUAUCUUAUUUCCAUUUCGUAAUAUGCAGUUA